GCCCUCAGAGCUCUGCUGUAGUCGAAGCAGAGUGCUGAGCCUCUGCUCAGCAGGGUGGGUUGGGUGCUGAGCGAUGGGACUGACUGCUGCAGAAACAAGGCUGGACCCCCCAGACCUCAGCACCUGCAGCUCCCAGGGUGGUCCCAUCUCGGAGCAACUCCUGAGCGUCUCACUGCAGUCACGUGGAUGAAGUGAAGCUCAGACAGCCUUCUCUGUGCCCGUCUGCUGGGAAACCACGGAGGAAAUCCCCGCUGCUCCCUUGCUCUUCCGUGAAUUUAAUGCCCUGGACUCUGUCCUGGAGCUCUCCUCCCCUGCGGCGCUGACUCGGUGCUGUGGCACGGUAACCUGUCCUCUACGCCAGGCAUGACCUCGGAUUCCUGAUGCACCCUUACUCACCCCACCGACGAUCUCAUGAGAUGCCCGUGAGCCCCAUAUGGCACUUCUGGGGGUGGCAGCCGUUCUGUCCUCGAAGUUCCACCUGCGGCUGCAGGUGCGUCUGCGUUGGGCGCCUAUUGGAGCACCCAGAAAUACCUGCACACGGCCGAGGCGUGUCUGGAAACCUGAUGCCUCAUCUCCGCCAUGUGGAGGCGGAGGGAGGAGGGCUGUGAGACAUGUCCCUUCUCGCUCACAACAGCUGAAAGCAGAGAAGGCAACUCGCUACAGGCCUUCUCAGCAGUGCAGGGUGUCCCGGUUGCAUCCCAGGGGCACCACCAGACGCCAGGACUCUGGGUGGGUGGCAGUCCCGCAGCCGCCGGGCGAUGAACAUCGCAAGGAGAAGAGGCUUUUACAGACAGGAGCUGAACAGAACCGUCUGGGAGCUGCCCAGGAGGUACAUCUCCCUGCACCCCGUGGGCUCUGGGGCCUACGGUUCUGUCUGUUCCGCCAUAGACAAGAAGACAGGAGAGAAAGUGGCCAUCAAGAAGCUGUGCCGCCCGUUCCAGACAGAGAUCUUUGCCAAGAGAGCAUACAGAGAGCUCAUACUCUUGAAGCAAAUGCAGCAUGAGAAUGUCAUUGGGCUGCUCGAUGUCUUCACCUCCGCCCCUUCCUACCAUGGAUUUCAAGACUUCUACCUGGUGAUGCCGUACAUGCGGACAGAUUUACAAAAGAUCAUGGGACAUGAAUUCAGUGAUGAAAAGAUCCAGUACCUGGUCUACCAGAUGCUGAAAGGGCUGAAGUACAUUCAUUCUGCCGGAAUCGUCCACAGGGACCUGAAGCCAGGCAACCUGGCUGUGAAUGAAGACUGCCAGCUAAAGAUCUUGGACUUUGGCUUAGCAAGACAUGCUGAUGCUGAAAUGACAGGCUAUGUGGUCACACGCUGGUAUAGAGCUCCAGAAGUCAUUCUGAACUGGAUGCAUUACAACCAGACAGUGGAUAUCUGGUCUAUCGGUUGCAUCAUGGCAGAAAUGCUGACUGGGAAAACGCUGUUUAAAGGAAAAGACUACCUUGAUCAGCUGACUCAGAUCCUGAAAGUAACGGGGCAUCCAGGAGAUGACUUUGUGGAGAAGCUUGAGGACAAGGCGGCUAAAAGUUAUAUCAAGUCUCUUCCAAAAAUGCCCAAGAAGGAUUUGUCUGUGCUCUUCCCCAAAGCCAAUCCUCUGGCAGUGGACCUGCUGGACAAGAUGCUGCAGCUGGAUGUGGAGAAGCGCCUUACAGCCACAGAAGCAUUAGCCCACCCGUACUUCGAUCAAUUCCGAGACAUUGAGGAGGAGACAGAGGCACAACAGUCCUACGAUGAUUCUCUGGAGCAUGAAAAGCUUUCAAUAGAAGAAUGGAAAAAACAUAUCUACAAGGAGAUCUUAUCCUUCAGUCCAAUCGCACGGAAGGACUCAAAGAAGCGAAGUGGAAUGUCGCUGUAGUGACUGCUUCAGCUGUGACCGGGAUUCAUGUCUCAUGCUGGAUGACAGAUGGGAUUUGUUCCACACAGCCUCUUUUGUUGCCAUCACUUGGCCUAUGGGACUCCUGUGUGUGUGAACAUGACGUCAACGCUGUGACCGUGGGCACUGGACUUUCUUCCACUGGUGGGGGAAGCACUCCUAAAUAGUUUUCAACUGUAAAGAUAAAAUGCUUCACUGAAACUUUGGGAGAAAUUGCUGGUAUUUUUUCUCCCUCUCUCCUCCCCCCUCUCCUCCCUGCAUAUUGCCAGGUUUUUGUUUCUCCUUUCUUUCAAAAAGCACAGGCUUUUAGACUUGAAUUAUGUAUAAGGUAAAUAAAAUGGUAACACUGUCUGGGGACUGAGUCCCAAGCAAAAUAACGAAAUGGUGAAAUUUAGUGUAACGAGACUUUAUCCACACUCCUGAUCCCUGAGCUCUUAAAGAGCACUCAGCACAGCCAGGUUGCUGACAUGAUUCAGCACCCAGGACAUCGUGGGAAUUGAGUUCUUCAUACACACAGGCUACAUCCAGGGCACCUUCUGCCCUGGUUUCUUGCUAUGCACAAAACUCCCUGCUAGGGUGCAGCCUCCUCUGGGCAGGUACUCAUUCCUCCUUUUUGCUUUACUUCUCUCAUCCUUGGGUUUUGAUAGGUACUGUUUCUUCCUCACGGCGAGCUGCAAAUGCAUCCCUGAGAGUUAAAGACCACAUUCCCACAUUCAUAACCUUGUUAUCCCAGGGAGCUGGGUUACCAGCAAGCAGUCCUCCUGCCCUCACAGGGGCCUCUCCUUUAUGCACAGUCUGCUUCACCCUCCAGCUCCCUUAGCCAGGCUUAUCUCUGCUGAGCACCCUCCCCCUGGAGCUGCCCUGCCUCUGCAGGCUGCCUUUAUCUCUUAGCAGAUCUAGUAUUUUGUUACACACUCCAGUGACAUGACCUCUUACACACUCAUUCCCUCUGCUUUGAGGAAUCUGUUUUACCAUUUGUUCUCUGCUGCAGUUCUCUUACACGGCUGUUUGUUCCUUAAUAGGAAGAGACUUUAAUUGUUUGGAAAUGUCUUAAUAGGUGAUUGUCUAUCCCGAGGCUCACAUCCUUACUUUGAAGUAAGGAUCAAAAAGUUUAUAGAUGGGAGAGGAGGAAAAAAAAAAAAAAAGAAAAACAAUAUAUUGCAUGAACAAUUCAGCAUCAUCAGAAACAGGAACACAAUUCAAUUCAGUGAACAUGGAAAAUAACUUCAGAUAUUCUGGUAUCAGAUCAGUUCCUUCAGUCAUCAAUCUUAUAAACAUCAUCUGAGACGAUCUUAUUACAUAGAAAACCUCACAGAAACCAAGCUACAAACAGAUUCCCAUUAAUUCACUUUAGCGAGUAUUUCUUGGCUACAAGAAGUUGCCACCUCUGAGAUGCUCAUCAUAUCUGUGUGUGACAAAGGUUGGGAAUAUGCAGUGCUUGCAGGGAAAAGUACCCUGGAAGAGAAAGUUUCAAAUGCAAUUGAAUCAAUCAAAUUCAAUUACCGAUUAUGAACUUCCAGAGUCUUGCUGCAGUUGGAAAGGAAGCAGUUGAGGGCCAAGGGCUCACAGGUCAGGAUUUUAGGGACCCUAUGUGCACCCUAAUGCAGACUCUCUAAGAAAAGCCAAAUUAGUGUCACCUUGUGGAAACUGGUGACAUGAAAGAGAGCCCUACUGUGCUGCAUCCACAGCCAGUUGCAUCCAGCCUUGCCCUCAGAUGCUAUUUCUUUAGUAGGUAUAGAGCUUUGUAUGAGUUGAAGAACAAUAAAAUACUAUCUUUUGCUGUUUAUCACUCUGGAUUAAGCAUUUUCUCACAUACAACUUGUCUGGAUUUAAUUGGUUUGCAAAGGUGUUCAGAUAGUAUUGCGAUAAGAAGAGUGUGAUGCGCAGACAGAGGGAGGUGGUUCUCUGAGCCCGGCUGCUGUUUACCGGACUAACCAGCUUGGCAUCUGCAAUCUCCCCCCAGGGAAUGUUUGUUCCACCUUUGCUUCUGUAAUAUGCCAAGUAGUUCAUUCAAACAUAAAAGUAUGUUUUGAUCCUUGAGGUAAUUUGAUGUACUAGAAGUAUUACUAAUGUAAUCUGAAGCCUGGAACUGUUGGAGGUAUAUGCGUCAGUAUGUCCCAAGCCAAUACUCAAGUACAUAGGUGUGUGCUAUAAAUGUUAUUACUAAUGGAAGGGGAGAUGCAAAACAAUUACAGGCACAAAAUAAGCAAACUGCAUCUGAAAGUGACUUCAGUCUUAAUACUAUAUAAGCAGGU